AAAUGCUCAAAGUUCAUGAAUUUUUUUCAGUGGGUAUUUAAUUAGCAUAUAAUUCUGCAAAAAUAAUAAAUGCAGUGAGAUUAUCUUCUAAUAUAGGGUAAAAAUGGAAAGGAAUUGAUGAUCCAGUAACAAUAGCAGAUAUCCAAGCAUAAUCAUAUAUUGUUAAAUAAUUGCAUAAACAUUGGUAUUAUUAUUGAAAUAACUAUCAAUAUAGGCCAAAUUUAACUGUAAUAGGAGAAGAAAAUAUUUAGGAUUCUCAAAACUAUGAUUUACCUGACACUAAUCUCACAUUAUAUGAUGAGACUAUUUUUAAUAAAACACAUAAUGAUAAAAAUAUUAGAACAUAAUAUGAAAUAGAUGAUUUGUGUGUUUGGGUUGAUCCAUUAGACGGCACAUUAGAUUUUGUUAAAGGAGAUUAUGAAAAUGUUACUACUUUAAUUGGAGUAUCUUAUAAAUAAUAAGCAUUAAUGGGAAUUAUUUCAUAACCUUUUAUUAAACUUUAAGAACCUUAAAAUACAUAUCAAUUUAAACCUAAAAUUUAUUUUGGUCAUCAUCCUUAAUAAAAAUUAUUUUAUAUAAAUGAUUGUACAUCACAUAUUCCAUUUGAACUUAAUAAACCUUAAUUUGAUCCAUUAAAUGUUAGAUUAUGUACUUAAAGAAAUAGAUUAACUAAUUAAGAAUUAUAAAAAAUUAAUUCAUUAGGUUGUUAAUUAUAUUAAGUUGGAGGAUCAGGAAAAAAAUGUUUAACAGUACUUGAAGGUUAGGCUGAUAUUUUUAUUUGUUUGGGAGUAGGAAUGAGUAAAUGGGAUAUUUGUGCUCCUGAAGCACUUUUUAAGACAUUUGGUGUAAGAGCAUAAAUUGUAUGACAAGGGAGAUUUCCUAGGACUAGCUGGUCAACAUUAUGUAUAUAAUCCAAAAGACAAAUCAUUUGACAAUCCUUAUGGAAAUAUUUCAAGUAUACAUUCAGAAUUGUUAGAAAAAUACUUACCUAAAACUUAGGGAAUGUUAUGAUAUAUAUAUUAUAUUUAAUUAAAUU